AUGGCCGAGAAAAGAAGAUGGAGACAAACUACGGAGCAAUUUAUGGAUAUAGACAUCAAGAUUCUUUUUUUUUUUUUUUUUUUCUUUUUCUUGGAAGGAUUAUCCCAGUACCCGAGACAACAUAUUUUUCUCUUGUUCAGCCUUAUAAUGUAUCUGACUUCCCUCCUGCUCAGCACUCUCAUUUUAAUCACUGUCUUAGAUUCAUACCUCCAAACUCUCAUGUUUUUGUUUCUUAGAAAUCUCUCUUCCAUAGAUAUUUGUUACGUAUCUGUUUUUCCUACUUUAUUGGUCAUCUUGCUGUCAUCACAGAAUACCAUCCUCUUUUCUGGGUGUGCUGCACAGAUGUACAGGUCCCUUGCCAUGGGCUGUGUGCUUCUGGCUGUGAUGGCGGAUGUGCUUGUUGCCAUUUGCAAACCACUGAGAUACUCCAUUAUCAUAAACAGGCAAGUCUGUGUGCAGAUGGUAGCUGUCUCUUGGGUGAUGGGCUGUCUGAUUGCCCUGCUGGAAACCAGCUUUGCCCUGCAGACACCCCUCUGUGGGAAUCUCAUUGGUCACUUCACCUGUGAAAUCCUGGCAAUGCUCAAGUUAGCUUGUACAAGUUCACUGCUCACAGACAUGGUCAUGUUAUUAGUGGUGAGCAUUAUCCUCCUGUCCAUUCCGGUGCUCUUAAUUUGUCUCUCUUGUAUCAUCAUCCUUUCUACUAUUCUGAGGAUCAGCACAGCAGAGGGAAGAAGCAAAGCCUCUGCUUGUGGUGCACACUUGACGGUGGUGAUCUUAUAUUAUGGGGCUGCUCUCUCCAUGUACCUGAAGCCUUCUUCAUCAAAGUCACAAGAAAUAGACAAAAUCAUCACAUUACUUUAUGGGGUGCUCACUGUUACAUUGAACCCCAUAAUUUAUAGUUUAAGAAACAAAGAGGUCAGAGAUGCUGUGAAAAAAAUUACUGGGACAUCUACCAUUGCCUCAAACACAAGAAUGUUUCUGACAAGCUUUGUGGGGCCUGUGGUUUUGUUAAAGAUAUAUUUAACUGAUAACAUUAGGUACAGUCUGAAUGAAUUCGUGAGAAAGAAAGUAAGUGUUUCUGGAAGGCUCCACCCUAGGUAUGGACAAUCCUCUAUAAUCCAGGAUAAUAAGGAGUGGCAUUCUCCUCUGCUGAUUCCUGCUGUAGCAGAGGCGGGGAGUGGCAGUGCAGAGGACUACAUUGGAGAACAAGGCUUUAAGGAGGCAACUCAGUUAAAUGAAGACCCACCAUUUGGGGGCCUUAGAGGAACAAGACCAUCCUUCAUGGUACAGAAAACUUCAAAGUGUGCUGUCCAGAGGCUCCCAAUGCUAGCAGGUGGUCAAGGGAAUUUUGAUGAUGAGAGCUGUCUUUCAAGAAAACUAGCCAAAAACAGGAAACUCAUUUUGUUGGCACUCUCUCCACUGAGGACCAAGUUGCACCGGGAUUUCCAGCCGGGCUGUGUGGGUGUCUGGCGUUGGAGAUGUCUCAGAGGGAUGAGGACAGCGGCACCUCCACUGUUAUGGCUUCCUGCAGAUGCCCCAGAGUCAGGAAGUUCACUCCAUUUUCAGUGGAACCUGGUGUUCCCUUGGCGUCUAACCUGGGCCCAGCACCGCUGUCGCAGAAGUAGCGAGAACAGGGGCUCUGGGCUGUGA